UCUCCGCUCUUUGAGAUCUUUUGCGCAUGCGCAUAAUGAACAAAGUACACUGCUAGAAAGAGAGAUUUAUAUCGUCUGGACCGUGUUGUUCUCGAUCUUUUUUCAACCCAACUGGCAAUAUAGUACUACUACAUAUAUAUGUAUAUAUACAUAUAUACAUAUGCUUUUAUUCGCAUCGGCUUUUGCAGGGUUGAGAGUGACGUUACAACCAGUCGUUGGACCCGGUUCUCUCUUUCUCUCUUUUUCUUCUCGAAGGACGAACUUGCGAGCAUAUACGCUCUCGCGCGCGCGCGCGUUCGUGUAUGUAUGCGCGUAUGGCGUAUGUAAGAGAAAAAGAGAAAAAGAGAGAGCGGGAGUAAAAGAGAGACGAUUGGUGAUCAUCGGCGGGUUUCAGAUGCAGAGAGUCAAGAGCGGUCUCACGUUUUUUGAAUUUGUCGUUCGCAGUCGAUCCUCGCGAAUAGUAGUGUGCGUCUCCGAGUUUUACCAUCGUGAACCCCAACGUAUACGAUUAACGAGUAAGAGAACUUUUCAAUUUAAACACAUUUUCAUUUCUAAUUAUUUUUCGAAUAAUGCUCUCUAUUUCCCGCGACAAUAAGAGAGCAAAUGUAAUUUUACUAAUCGUAAAUUUGAAUUUUCAAAUGACCGCGUGCUCAAACUGCCACUUUAAAUAGACAUAAUAUAGAUGAUUCGAAACUAAAGACAAAAUUUUGAUCGAAAGAGAAGAUAUAGUGCAUCGAAAAGGGAGUUUUCAAAUUUAUCGAACAGGAUUGAACGAGCUUGACAGGUCUUUAUCAUCUUUGAAUUUCAACAAUUUCGCAUAGAAAAAUUAACAGGACGAUAUGGCACGCCCAAAAAGAUGGAAGAACUGUAUGUCGGAAAAUUUACUGACUUUACUGACGGUAGUCGGCGUUUUUGCUGGCACACUAUUUGGUUUUAUCUUAAGAAAUAUCAAUAAAACGGGGGGAUGGACGAAUCGCGAAAUAAUGUAUAUUCAAUUUCCCGGAGAUCUUUUUCUGAGGAUGCUCAAAGGUCUUAUUUUACCUUUGAUCGUGGCUAGUAUUGUCAGUUCGAUCGGUAGUUUAGAUCUUACUCUUUCAGGAAGGAUCGGUAUGAGAUCGAUUUAUUAUUACGGAACUACAACGAUUACUGCUGUUAUUCUUGGGAUAAUUCUUGUCUUGGUGAUAAGACCCGGAGAAAUUAGUGGAACUUCUUUCGAAGUUGAUAAAGAUUUAACUCCUAUCAGAAAUGUUACCACUGCCGACACGCUAUUAGAUUUAAUUAGGAAUAUAUUUCCGUCAAAUCUUGUUCAAGCCUGUGUUGCACAAUAUCGUACGAUAUUAACGGAGCCUGAAAAUGCGACUAAUGAAACUACUAUAGAAGAAUGGGAAAUUUCAAGUAAAUAUACUGAUGGAACAAAUACUCUUGGAUUAGUUGUUUUUAGUAUUAUUUUGGGGGUUACACUCGGUAAAAUGGGACAAUCCGGAAAAGCUUUGUUGGAUUUUUUUAUAGCAUUGUCAGAAGCAACAAUGAUUAUUACCAAAUGGGUUAUUUGGAUUUCACCAAUCGGUGUUUUCUUUUUGGUUGCUGCAAAACUUUUAGAAAUUGAGGAUAUAAGUGCGAUCAUUGGUAAAUUAGGCUUAUAUUUUAUGACAGUAUUAUUGGGACUAUUUCUCCAUGGUUUUGGCACUUUAUCUAUUAUAUACUUCGUAUGUACCAGAGAAUUACCUUUCAAAGUUAUUGGACAAAUGGGACAAGUGUUAGUUACAGCAUUUGGAACAGCUUCAAGUACUGCUACACUGCCAGUAACUCUGCAGUGCUUGGAUGAUAUGGGAGCAGAUCCUAGAAUAACAAGAUUUGUUGUACCCAUUGGUGCAACUAUUAACAUGGACGGAACUGCAUUAUACGAAGCAGUUGCAGCUAUAUUUAUUUCUCAAGUUAGAGGCGUAUCGUUAACUCUUAGUAAAGUCAUCGGUGUUAGCGUAACUGCAACAGCUGCAAGUAUAGGUGCUGCUGGCAUACCACAAGCUGGUCUUGUUACAAUGGUUAUGGUUUUAGAUACCAUAGGUUUACCCGCGAAGGAUGUCACUCUAAUUAUUGCCGUAGAUUGGUUGCUAGAUCGAUUCCGAACUACAAUUAAUGUAAUGUGCGAUGCACUUGGAGCUUGCAUUAUCGAAAAGAUGAGCAGAGGAGAACUUAAUGUACCUGCAUUGAAUCAAGCAGAAGAUGCCAUUGAACUUGCUCGAUUGCGAAACUCAGACACAUAAUUUUUUUGUCUUUCUUUUUCUUCUCCUUAUGCAUGCUACUUAAUAGCAUUUAUACAAUAUUAUAUUAUUUUAUACAGUUUUAACUGUGUCUCUUACCAGAGACUUAUAAAUUUUUAUGUUAUUUAAUAUAACGUGCUUACAAAUGAAAAAAUUUGUUUAGUACAAUUUAGUGAAUAUAACUUUUUAAAACUAAAUAUAUACUAAUGCAAAUACAAAUCUACAACACAA